AUGGACUCCAAUCAGAUCGAGGAGGCCUCCAUGGUCGACGCCGCCAUGAUGGAUCCCACCAUGGAGGAUCUCUUUGGAGAAGCGGCGAACGAUCUCGCGGUGGGUGAUUUGGGAGUCGGUCUUCCUCCUAUACCACUCCCACCGAGUCUGAUGCUGCGAAUCGCCGAGUUGCAACACAAGGGUUGCUGCACAAUGGUGCCUGCUGAGGGCAACAUUUCGAAUGAUAUCACGCGGAAUGAGUUGCACGCAGUGGUUGGCAUGCACUGGUUGGCGGGACCAUAUAUCCGCCCCGCGAACAAGAUUGGCAACAAGUGGGAAGCUCAACUCCAACAACGAGAUCAGCACUCGAUCAAGAUCCAUCACCCUGCCAUGGGGAGACACGCCGUGCUGUAUAUCACUCGCUCGACGGAACUCACUUUGCUCUACCAAAAUGAGGGUCAGGGUUGGCAGUCGACAAGCAUUGUCAUCGACGAGGUUCGCUCUUCAGAUCAGAUCAUCUCGCAUGCUGCUAUGGGCGAAGAGGGAGCAGAUCUGCUGGUGGUGACAUUCGAUCACUCUUCCCGCAUGCGCCUAUACAGAGUCUCUAUCGAGUGGAAUGCCACCCAACACAGUCGACAGGCGGGCAUGGUGUACACGCUUAUUGCUCCUACCAUGGAGGUUCACCAUCUGACUGCCUCACACCACACACGAGCUCAGCACGCUCACUCCGCACAACUCACCCAUCUGGAGAUAAUACCUGCAGUUCCCGAGGCCGCACAAACAAUGCCCACUGCCGCGACCAUCCUCGCCGUCUUCACACAAACAUCGGUACCCUCCGACGCCAAUCCAUCCCAAAAUGCAUACAGCAUCAUCUCCCGCUGGCGUGUCGAAUCACUCAUGCCUACCCUACACGAUAGCUUCAAGAAACUCAGCAACGCCCGCGCCGACUCAAACGGGGUUCUGAAUCCCACCACCGUCCUCCGUCGUGAAUCCGACAUUAUCACCAACAAACCCAUCCUCUCCAUAAAAUCCCAAAUGUUCGACACCAUGCUCGCCUUCACAUCAUCUGACGGCUCCAUCGAUCUCCGCGAUCGCCUCACGAUGGAUCAACUCGGCCCCUUUGGCUUGCCCACUACCGUCUCCUCCCUCCUCCAAGCCGGAUUCGACCACAUAGCAUCCACCCAAAACCUCCACGUCGCCCUCUCCGCCGAUGCAUCCGGCCUCGCCACCAUAUCCGCCUCCGACAACUCCCUCACAGCCCGACCCAUGACCUUCACUCACGGCUGGACACCCUCGACUCCCUCCGCCCUCCUCGACAACACACCCUACCUCGAAGCCGGCACAGUCUGCCUCGCCCGCCAAUACGCCUUCCUCUGCUACAACAGCAUGUCCAACGACGAAGUCCUCUCCCUCUUCCCCUCUCCUGCCCCAGACCCAUCCCUGCACACCACCUUCCUCACCCAAAUCUUCAAAAUGGUCAACCGCUCCCCAGACAUCUCCAUGCACGAGAACGCCCGUCAACAAAUGGCUGUGCUUAAAGAGCCCAUUGUGCCCCGUGUGCUUUCCGCUCAACUCUCCCUCGGCACGGAACCCAUCACCGGUAACCGGAACGUCGCCGCCCAGUACGCUUACAUCUUCCUCAAUUUACGACACAUCGGCACCGCGCUCGCGCAUACCAUUUCGCAAAAAGACCUCUCCCGCGUCUCGCCGGAAGCAGUCCAUUCCCUGCGUCCGCUUGUCCGGUGGUCCAUCGAUCUGAUGAUCCACAUCGUCUCCGCCCUGUCCCAGCUCCGCGGGAGCAAUCCCUCAACAACGUCCGCCUCUCCAAUCCUCCCCCUCCUCCUCGCCUCCUUCUCCCGCGCCCUCCUCCGCUUCCAAGUCCUCUGGGUAAUCAAAUACCUCCACCUCCUCCAACAAAUCAUCCCCCGUCUCCCCACUCUCGCUCAACGCACCGAACUCGCUGCGACUCUCGAGCUCGGCACCAAGUCCCUGCCGUUCAAACUCCCCGCUCUGGAAGCUUUGCUCGUGGAUGUCGAUUCCGCGAUACGACAGGUCUACUCGAGUGGAGAAGUCAACGCUGAACGAAGAGGUGAGAUUGAGGUGGGUCUCAUCUGCGGUAGGGGCGAAGUGCCCAGGGAAUUGCAGGCUGUGGUGGCGAGACUAGUUGAUGUUGGGGUUGGGAAAGUAUUGGAUGUGGAGGGCACGGAUGUGGUUAAGCUUUGCUUCUGGGAUACGACGUGGCUUGGUAUUGAGCGGGUGCAGACUCCUCCUCCCCGAUCUAGCCACACCAACGGAACCCAUACGUCCAAAACCUCUCCCACCGAGGCCGUCUUCCCCGGCGACAUGGAGAUAGGUGGACGCUGGGGCUACGAUAUUAUAAGAAAAGUCCCUUUGACGGAAGGAAUGGUAGUCAGAGAAUGUAGGAGGUGUGGAGCGGUGAUGGAGGAUUUCUCUCCGGAACGGGUGAGGGCGAGUCCUGGGUGGUUGGGACAUGCGCAGAAGAAUUGUGUUUGUAUGAAUUAUUGGGUUUGUGGAUGA